CCCUGCGUAACAGCACAACCUGUUGCAGUCAUCUUUUCUCACUGUGGGAACCCUUUUUCAAAACGCUAACACCGUUCAUUCGAUGGUCUCAAACCGCCGUAACACGUGCACCUUUUCUACGAGUGGCUCUGCACCAGCUGCGUUUGACUGGAACGCGGGAAAAUUUUUCUGCAAGAUUUUGAAUACAUUACCUAUUGGAAUGUUCGGUAAAAUUUGUUUUUAAGUGAUAGCAAUUUUGACAUUUCACAGAUACGGGAAUUUAUCAAAUCACUCGGAUUAAUUAAUAAAGAUAUCAAUGCAGAGACUGGACAUUAAAUCCACAGGCCAUCAUGUACUUUGCUUGUUAUCGCUGCUUGUCUACCUGUGCUUUCAAACUGAUGCUCAGAGUUUCGGAAUGGAAUCGUGUUCCGUGGCACCUCAUCACGUGACGGUGGAACCUGAAGCCGACGUGACGCUUGGUGCAGUGUUACCAAUCCAUCAUCCUGGUGAAGGUGUUUAUGGAUGUGGACACCCCACUCCCGACGGUGUCCAAGUCUUCGAAGCCAUGAGAUGGGCUGUAGAUGUCCUCAAUCAUAAGAGCGGACUCAUUUCGGAAUCAGGGGAACUUAGCAGUAGUUCUCUCAUACCGGGAGUUCGCAUUGGUUUGAAAGUAUUUGACAGCUGUGGACACAAUGCCUUAGCUAUGGAGCAUUUAACUUCUCUUUUCCCUGUGCUGAGAUCUGGACCUAAAUUCUGUGACAAAAUGGUCGAAAAUUCAACUCUUACUAUUGGUGUUGUGGAUAUGAGUGGUGUUAGCAGCACCCCUGAAGUAGCAGAGUCUUUCAGAGACUACCUAAUACCAAGCAUCGAGCUUUCCAUGACUACAACGGUGCCACCAGAAAGAAUGGCUCAGGUACUUCUCACUGCCACGAAAGAUUUACGUUGGUCCAAUAUUGUAAUUAUUCACGAAGAUGAAGAAUAUAGCAUAAGCGUAACAAAGCAACUCACACAAGCUACUGCAACAGGAAGAGCUACUUGUAUUAGCAAUAUCUAUGCCCUGCCUCGAGUUUUGAGUGGACCCAAGUCGAAUCGACGGGACUUACGAUCUUUCAGAAGGGCGUUUCGUGCAGCUACAAUUGGGUUGGCCGACGGUGCUGCCGUCAUCGUAAUUACAAAGGGUGGAGAGCCAGCAGCUAUGUUACUACAAGUCAUGGCCGAGUUUCCGGAUUUAACUUCUAAAAUCCAAUGGUUAUUUUCUUGGAUACCUCCUCCAUCUCUUCUAUCUGAAAUGGGAAGGACAUUAUCCGGCACAAGUCAUUUCUAUUCUAUAACACCAUAUCCAGAGAAAGUUCUGCAGUUUGAAGAGUAUUGGUCGAAUUUACCAGGCACAACCAGUUUCUCCAAUCCUGAUGAUUACUGGUUUCUGGAAUAUCUAAUGUCACUAAAAGGAUGCAAGUUUGCUGGAAUUACGGAUCCGGAUUACAGAGCACUUCCUCUUUGUACUGAUAGAACUAUGAGGGAAAGUAGUUUAGAAGUUCUGCUUAGAACGUCGAGAGCUGUUCCUGCACUUACAUCAAUAUUCACUUUAGCAACUGCCUUCCAUAAAGCCUGGGAGUCCAAAUGCCAAGACAGACCUGGCAUCUGUCCUGAGCUCAGAGCUAUGAACAGAAAAGAGUUUGUCUCCCAGUUUUUGGAACCGGUGGAAUUUCUGGUAGGAAGAGACAGUGGCAGCGUGGAAGACACUCGUAGGCGCUCGCCAAGGCAGUCAGCUGAUGAGAAGUUAGAAGGCAGUAAAUUGUCUCUUACACAGUACUUGUACAAUGAACAGAGAGGAGUACACUUCAGACAGGUGAUCGUGUAUGAAAGUCAAGGGUCUCGAAUUUUGGAUCACGAGUUUGUAAGUCUACCUUCUCAAUGCUCAAUUGCUGGCUGUCGUGGAUGUGUAAGACCUAGGCAAUCUCGCUUAGAAGAUUCGUUGCAAGAUUUGGAUAGUCAUGAAUCUAUGGACAUUGGAAGUCGUGAAGAAGACAUCCUAAUUCCUCUUCUUGUACCACUUCAUGAACCAGGACUAUCACCGAUGGAAUGUGGAUCAGUCAUCAAUUCUGAAGCUGUACAAAAUUUGGAAGCCGCCCUUUGGACUGUAGAUCGAAUCAACCAAGAUCGUGCAUCAUUAGCCGGUGCAAGGUUGGGCAUUGCCGUCAUAGACACUUGCUCAUCAGCCCUCUUGGCAACUCAGAAGCUGGCCACUUAUGUCACCAAUUCACAUCUCGAACAAAUGUCUAGCUUAGCAUUUGUUUCGACUACUUCCGAGGAUGAAACAUUGGCCGGAGCUUCUGUUUUAAAGCCUCUUAACAUCAGCAUCAUUUCAUCAUCAGACUUGACACCUCAUUUGAAUUCUGAAGUUAAACUCGGCCGCAAUCAUCAUCUUUUGCAAGUAUCUGCAGCAGCAGAAUCUCUCAUGAUGGCUGCCUUAGAAGUUUUCGAUUAUAAUGGAUGGCGGUUCGUGACCAUUAUUCACGAGGAUACACCAGUUUCCAUGCACGGAUUGCAUUCAUUCCAAAAAGCUGCGAAACAGAAAGGAAUAUGUGUUGGACAACAACUGAAAGUUGACGAAGAAGAUUUAUCUGAUGAAAAAGUGGAUAAGCUGAUUCAAAGACUACUUGAAGCAAAGAAACAAGGUUCUAGUGUAGUUGUCCUGUUAACCAGUGCUGAUUCAACAAGAAGGAUAAUAACUGGUUUGGGAAGAUUUUUAGAAGCAUCAGUUCUUCAUUCUGGUGAUCUCGUAAUGGUUGGAUUAGGAGAAUGGAGUGAAAGAUUAAAUAUUGUUCAAGGACUUGAGAAAGUUGCUCUUGGUUCUCUAAUCUUAAGACCUGAACAAGGAGAAGUCUCAGAUUUUGCCACUCAUUACAGUCAACUUUUACCGGAGUCUAACCCUCGGAAUCCCUGGUACGAACAAUUAUGGAGGCAGGAAGAGAUGAGAGUACAGAUGGACAAAGAAAAUGCAAGCUCUGAUGUUCCCUUUGUAGAAUACGUGCCGUUGCAGUCAACAACAAAUACCAUUCAGGCAAUUAUUGCUGUUGCUGCCGGCAUCGCAUCAGUACGAAAUGAAUUAUGCCAACUUGACAUGGGUCUGUGUCCUGUAAUGGCGCAACAUCCGCAUCUACAACAACUUGUUGGAGAACAUAUCUAUUCAAGCUUUUCCCCUCGUUUGGAUCAACCUGGACAGAAAUUUAAAUUCACUGACAGAGGUUACGGUGAACUACCAAUAGAAGUUUAUAACUUUCGAAAGAUUUCAGGAAAGAUUUUCAACUAUCUGAAGGUAGGAACCUAUUCCGGACAAUACACAAAACUGGCCAGUAUGGUCACUUAUAGGCCUCAAGGUGAGAUCUCAAUGGAUUCUGUUAUGUCGACUUGCAUCGAAGACUGUAUUCGCUGCCAGUAUUCUUCAACAAAUCACGUAACAAUUCCUUCAUCCCAAGAUUUGUAUAUUGCUGUGACGUUAGGUAUCCAUGAGCCAACAUCCAACCCUCUUGCAUGUGGUCCUUUGAAAACUUCAAGAGGAUUCCAAAACUUUGAAUCACUUCUAUGGGCAGUGGAUCUAAUCAAUUCUAAUCCCAAUAUCUUACCAGGCGCUGACCUUGGCCUGAUAGUGUUCGAUACUUGCAACAGCAGAGAAAAAGUAGCUAUGGAUGUGUCGAAUUUUCUCACAGAAAUCAUAGAAGAUAAAGAUUCAUUACCUUCUCCAAGGAACGUAGUAGGUUUUAUAGCUGACGGAACGAAGGAUGAAGUGAGCUCUCUGUUAGAUUUGACUAUGCCUUUGGGAAUGAGUACUGUUGCGCCAUUUGUAGUAGCUCCAGAAUUCGGUGAACCAAGAUACACUCAUUUGUUAAGAAUGAGUAUGCCAAGCAAAGUUGUCAUCACUUCCAUCGUCAAUACCCUCAGGUACUUUCACUGGAAAUACGUUUCUGUUGUAUACACUGGUGUCAGCGACAGCUCUCUUAUGGGAUUAGAAGGAUUCCAGGAAUUUGAGAAACAAGCUAGUGAACAUGAUAUUCAAAUAGCUAUAGUUGAGAAAGUAGGAAUCGAUGAAGAUAUGGCCCCGACAAUGGAUAUUAUAGCACACCGACUUAAGAUUAAACAAAAUGCAGGAGCAAGAGUUGUUGUACUUUUGCUGCCACCAUCUCAAAUUUCACAAUUACUGAGCGCCGUGAAACGUUUGCAACAUCUUGGUCGAUCUCAUAUUGGAGACUUUGUGUGGGUGGCCUACGAUGCACUAGAGCCUUUCCAGAUGUUUCCGGACCAGUCUACUGGAGCAUUAGUAUUGAGAUCGAGGUCUGAAGAAAUACCACAAUUCAAAGAUUAUUUUAUGAAUUUGGAUGUUAAGAACAAUAGUCGUAAUCCUUGGCUAAGAGAAUACUGGGAGCAGGUCUUCAACUGCCGGGGUAACUCUUGCUCUCGUAAUCAGGCUGAAAAUCUUAAAAACGUUGGUUUCGUACAGGACAGAUCGGUACCAAACACUGUGAAUGCUUUUCUGACACUUGCUUUGGGACUGGACAGUCUUCAGAAGCAUUUAUGCCCUGAGAACACCGGCUGGUGCGCAGCAAUGAAAAAUAAACUCAAGGUUCGCGAAAACCUUUUCGAACAUGCUCGUAAGAUUACUUUUACGGGACUAGAUGGGACACCUAUUAAAUUCGGCAGCAGAAAUUACGUCAGUGGAAAGAUCGACCUUUUUAACUUUAGAGAAGUUGGAGAUGUUAGAGCGUUCUUAAACGUAGGUAUAUUCGAUGAAGAUCAUGGCUUGUUCAUCAAUGCUACGUUAACGCGGGGUUACAAUGAACAAAAAGAGCCUGUGCCUUUGGAAGAAGUGCUGUCCUUUUGCAACGACAGUGAAAUUUGUGCAAAUAAACCUGAUACCGCACUCUUAUCUCUGCCUUUUAUGAAGAUACCAGCCAAUCAGGAGUUCGUUAUUGGAGUCAUGAUUCCAGUCCACAAACCGGGAGACAAUUUUUUCACAUGCAGCCGAAUAGUGGAAAAGAAAUCUUUCCAGAACCUUCUUGCACUCAGCUACGCUUUGGAGAAAGUUAAUUCUAAUUCCACUAUUUUACCACAGAUACAACUUGGUGCUUUGGUGUUUGAUCACUGUGGUCGGAGGCAAAAGGCAGAAGAACAGAUCUUCAGUUUCAUUGCCAGUGAUGGAUCUUUACCCUAUAGUGAAGCUGGCCUUAGAUCCCGAGCCAUGGUAGCGGCACUAACAUAUGAUCCCGUGGUGGCCGAUGAUCUUUCACCACUGUUUGAAUCGGUUCUCAUUCCGCAAAUCUCAACUCCAACUGGACUCGUCCCAGCUGCUCCCGAGAGAAAGAAAAGGAGCUCUCCCAAAGAAGGAAAACAAGUUAACGUCGAAGUGCAAGUGGUUGUGGAUCUUCUGAAGAGAUUUGAUUGGCGGUUGGUCACCCUUCUUCAUUCGGGCUCAGAGAAUGAUCGCAGUAUUUUCUGGAAUUUCGUAGACUUAGCCAAGGAAAGAAAAGUGUGCAUUUCUGAAUCCCUGGUGAUCAAACCCGAGAUGAGUGUUUCCGAUCUUGCGGCAUUAUUCACCGAAGAAUUGGGACCCGAUCAAGAGUCCAGAGUCAAUGUUGUAUUACUGGAAGAUUCUGAUGUACUACACAAUGUUUUAGAAGCUGCCAAACAGGCGUCAGUAAUUGAAGAUUUCGUAUGGAUUUCAAUCGAAACUAAAAAAGGUGGUCUCAAUCUUGCCCGAACUUUACAGGGAACCGAUGUGGAUUUCUUCCUCGUACGUCCAGAAACAUACGAAGUACCUGGAUUUCGUGAAUACUAUUCUGGAUUCAAUUUAAAUAAGCAUUAUCCUAUUCCCGAUGUAUGGUUUGAUGAGUUUUGGCAGCAUCACUUUCGUUGCCAUUUACCCCAAAGUUCAGUACCUUUGAAGCAACUUUUCCCUGAUCCUUGCAGAGGCACGGAAAGCUUGACAUCUUUGCCACUAAGUCAAGACACCUUUGUGUAUCACACCGUAUUUGCUGUCACGACAGUCGCUGAAGCUCUUCAUGACUAUUUGAGACGAUACUGUGCUCACGGAGACGCCGCUACGAACUUGGAAGACUGUGGAGGGGAUGCAAGACAAAUCUUAUGGAGAGAAAUGCGUAAACUUGUGAAAGGACCACCAGUAAAUUGCAUUGAUGGAGAUUGCGGUCCACUGAAAAUAUCAAUGGGUUACCAAAUAUUCCAAUUGAAAAAAGAGAAAGUUCAUCAUGUGUACCAACAAGUUGGAUUGUGGAAAGAUAAUGAGCUGGCUUUGAAGAUGGGAGACGUUUCUUUCCUUUCCGGCAUUAAAAAGGAAUCCGCUUGUGUAACUCAGUGCCAAAAGUGUUUAAAUCAACUAGCCCUUAACCCAGAAGAAUUGAGUUUGCCGAAACCAGGAAUAUAUUCCAAUUUCCGAAGCAUGUGGGGUAUCAUCGUCUCGGCUUUAUCCAUACUUGGUGUCCUACUAGUCAUCAUAUGCGCUGCAUACUUCCUCAUUUCUUUCCAGGUCACAGUUGGAACUACAGUUCUUGGAUACAUGAUCCUUUUCGGAUUGCUCCUGCUUUACGCAGUCAACUUUGCUUUUAUCCUCGCCCCCACGGAAGGGACUUGCGGUGUCAGGAGAUUUGGUCUGGGUCUUGCUUAUGCCAUUAUCUUCUCUGGUAUGCUUGUGAAAGUCAUGAACAUUUGGAGAAUGAUGGGAUACAGAGGAAACCAAUUCCUGGGAGAAUCUUACCAUUUAACAAGUCCAGCUGCGUUAUUAGUCGUCGCAGUCGGACUUGUCAUUAUUCAGGUUCUGUUGUCAUCAGCAUGGCUAAUACUAAUUCCACCAACAACGGGUAUCCAUGGUGGUGAAUGGAGGUGCCAUCCGGCAACUACGUUUGAAGACGAAUUAGUCAUCUCCCUUGUGUACGUGAUGCUGAUGCUAGCGAUUACUAUUCUAUUCUCUGUUCUUACCUGGAGUAGCAAGGAUAACAACAAAGAAUCCAGGUGGAUAUUUACAUGCUGUUUCUUAAUGGCAUUCGUCUGGAUAGGUUGGACAGUCGUAUCUACACAAAUUUUACAUCGCUACAGAGAUCUCACAAUUUCUGUGGCAAACUUGAUUUGUGCUACUAUUGUAAUGUUGUGCAUGUACCUGAGGAAAGUAUACAUUUACAAUAAAUUAACAAAAGAUCAAGAGAAUAAAGCGAAGAUUCAACAGACAAUGUCUCUGCCCGCAGUUCCAAACAUGUAUGGUACCCUUUCCAGGACGGUCCCUGGGAUAACUCCUGUUACAUCUUACCAGUCUGGUCCGCGACUAGUUGCACUUGCGGGGAAGAUGAUGGAUAGGACAGCGCCAUCUCGGAUGGCUCUCAUAACUUCAGAAGAUGAAAAUACUAGUGACAGUGGUUCAGGAUCCGUACAAGUCCAAGCAACAGAUCUAUAUCCCCUUGAUAUGUAUGAUGGCGGAAGUCAGUUUCAGCCUUCUUCGCUGAAACUGGGAGGAAGCAGCUUAGUUCUGGAUGAAACUUCACCUAAUCUUGAAAGAUCAUGAAGAACAAACUGAUGAAUUUACACAUCAGAUAAAGAAGAAAAAGACUUUCUUCAUCAAUGAUUCUGAAAAGAGAUAUUACGGGGGCAAUCAAUCACAAUAGCUUUAAGACGAUUUUCUGCAAUAUUUUUUCCGCUUUUAUUUUGUUAUUACCUCAGAUAAGGUAUUGUUUUCAUUGAUAACUGUGAAAAUGGUUCACAUAAACUGAGGUAAAGGAUGACUUUACUCUCUUCAUAAGGUAUCUGAGAGCAGAAGUUAGUAAUAUAUAUUAGCAAAAUAUAAAUGUAAAUGGUCCUGAGCUGGAUUCGGACACAUUUCAUUUCUGUGUAUGCAAUGAUACAUUAAACGUUGCACUGAUAACAAUUUUAAAUAAGUAUUUGAAUUUAAGACAAUUUUGUAAGAAACUAUUACUGUUAGUGGGGUAAAAUAAAUGCAUUUUAUGAAGUUUCUAAGAUAAUUUUCAGUCAAAAUUAAAUAAUUUUCAACGUAUAUUUAAGAGUGAAAAAAUUUUCAUUUUAUAAUUCUACUAUUACACUUUGCUACUAGGAUUCAUAAGAUUCUCUUUCUUAGUAUUUAUACGAAUUUGCAUAUUAUUGCAUAAAUAUUUUCUACUAUCGAACUUCUUAUCGAAGUUACUGCAGCUCAUUUUCAGUUUACAUUGAUAUUUAAAAUGUAGUGUAUUCAGCUUGCAAAAGCGCUUCAAAAAUACUAUAGUUUUGUUUUAAAAGUUUGUGAUUCUCUGUUAUGAGUUGAAUCAUACAUUUUUAUCGGACACGCUUUUAUCAACUAAUAUAACACAUGCGAAAAUUCUAAAAUUUACAAAUGUUUUUAAUUAUCCACUUUUAACAUAUUUUUUAAUGAGUCAACUGCUUUUAUUAAAUCAUAAAUCUCAUGGAGUCGAUAAUAUAUUAAAAAUUACAUUUCCAUUUAUAGAACAUGUUUUAACAUUAAAUGACAAAGCAAUUUCUUUUUGAUUUACUUAAUGCACUGUUAAUUUAUUUGGAAAAAAAAAAAAAAAAAAAGAAAACAUUCUUAACAACAGAGCAAUUCUUAUCCAUCAAUCAGACACAUAUUUUUGCAGAUAAUUUAUUUUGUAUGACCUCACGUGUUUUUAUUUUCAUUUACACACAUUCCUAUUCUGUGUAUGUUACAAUUUUUAUAAGCUACUUCACGUAAAAUUUUAUAUGGACCGUAUAAAACAUCUUACUUCUGAAGAUAUAUUUAUAUGAUCUGAUAUAUAAAUGAUCCAGUGUAUAUAUACAUUAGCAGUACUGUACCGCUAAUAAUUCCCUCUAGUUACAUAACAUAUUUACAUUAUUUUGCCUGUAAAUUCAAAUACAAAUUAUUGAUUUUGAAGCAUUUGCUCUUUUUAAAGCUUAACAUUGAACAUGAAGAAUAUGAACAAGAACUACAGUGUCUUCUGUUUUUAGUAAAUAUUAUUUACUCUUCUUGCUCUUGAUUUUGUAUAUUAAGUUACAUCACUUUGUACAUUAUGGAGAUACCUUUCAGAAAGCUGUUGUAUAUUAUGUUUCAUUUAAUUUAUAUCAAUAAUAAAUUUUAUUUAGUUAAUGUUUUCUGUAUAUGUUUUCAUUUUAAUAGUUCCCAUUUGCAUUUAUUUUUAUGCUCAUAUAAUGACGAACUAUAAUAUUUGCAAAGACAUUUAAAAAAAUCUGAUGUAGAUAGCAUGUAUGGCUUCCUUGUACUGAAUAUUAAAUUAUGCACGAUUUUUGCUGUA